GUUCCGCAGUCGGGUCAAUGAAAAUCGUUCGGUGACUCUUAGAUCAAAAACCUUCGUCGCAUUUUCUUGCCAUUGAUUAAUCACCUUUUCUCAGUGACGGUACUGGAGAGUAGAGUCUGGCGUAUCCUUUGCAAUUGACUGGUUCUGGUUGGGAACUCCCCUCAAAUCGUCAAUAAUAUCGUCGCCUCCUCGAUCUUUCUUUUUCUUCCCUUCCUCCAAUCUCCCCUCUUUCUGCCCUUUCUCCCUUUCUGCCAUGCUUCGUACUCGACAAGCCAGCCGAGCCGUUAGGGCUCUGGCUCAGGCUUCGCGACAGCAACGCUGCUCAUUUACUACCUCACCAGUCGCCUCGGCUAUCCAGGUUAAGAAGACCGUACCGAGUGGCAUUAGGAAUCAAGCUACUUCAGCCCAAUCAACCGCUCAAGCUAGAGAAGUACCUUCUCCAGCGUUUAAUACUGCCGACGCAAAAGACCAAAGCCAUGUCCAACCCUUGGUCAAUCCUCGAACUCCUGAGAUGGACGAAUCCUUCAUUGGAAAGACUGGAGGAGAGAUUUUCCACGAAAUGAUGCUUCGAAGAGGCGUCAAGCAUAUCUUUGGAUACCCUGGUGGAGCUAUCCUGCCAGUGUUCGAUGCUAUCUAUAACUCGAAACAUUUCGAUUUCAUCCUGCCAAAGCACGAACAAGGUGCGGGGCAUAUGGCUGAGGGCUAUGCGCGCGCCUCUGGAAAGCCUGGUGUGGUUCUAGUGACGUCCGGCCCGGGCGCCACCAACGUUAUCACACCGAUCCAAGAUGCCCUAUCUGACGGUACACCUAUGGUUGUGUUUUGUGGUCAGGUUCCUACUACUGCUAUUGGUAGCGAUGCCUUCCAAGAAGCAGACGUCAUUGGAAUAUCGAGGGCUUGCACGAAAUGGAAUGUCAUGGUAAAGAAUAUCGCCGAGUUGCCACGCAGAAUUAACGAAGCCUUCGAUAUCGCGACUAGCGGACGCCCGGGCCCCGUACUCGUCGAUCUUCCCAAAGAUGUUACUGCAGGCGUUUUGAGGAGAGCUAUCCCUACCGAAUCGGCUCUCCCAGGCUUACCGAGCGCUGCGUCACGCGCCGCCAUGGAGGCUACUCAAAAGCAGCUCCAAGCAUCUCUUCGACGCGUAGCUAAUCUAGUGAAUGUGGCGAAGAAACCUGUUAUCUAUGCCGGACAGGGUAUUGUCUCGUCAAUUGGCGGACCAGAGGUUCUCAAGGAGCUUGCCGACAAGGCUUCGAUACCAGUUACCACCACCCUUCUCGGCCUCGGAGCUUUCGAUGAGUUGGACGAAAAGUCGCUCUAUAUGCUCGGUAUGCAUGGCUCCGCGUUCGCGAACAUGGCAAUUCAGGAAUCUGAUCUUAUCAUCGCUCUUGGUGCCCGUUUCGAUGAUCGUGUGACUCUUAACACUGCCAAAUUUGCACCUGCUGCUAAGGCGGCGGCUGCAGAAGGCCGAGGUGGUAUCGUGCAUUUUGAGGUCAUGCCAAAGAACAUCAACAAGGUUGUGCAAGCCACCGAAGCUAUUGAGGGCGAUGUCGCGGAGAACCUACGACAGCUUCUUCCUAAUAUCAACAUAAAAAGCAUGGAAGACCGUAAGGAGUGGUUUGACAAGAUCAACUCAUGGAAGGAAAAAUGGCCCAUGCAUGCAUUUGAGCGUACCGAACGACCUGGAAUGAUCAAGCCCCAGAUCCUCAUCGAGGAGCUCAGCAAGCUAACAGCCAACCAAAACAAGCACACCAUCAUCGCGACCGGUGUUGGUCAGCAUCAAAUGUGGACAGCUCAACAUUUUAGGUGGCGACAACCCCGAACCAUGGUUUCAUCUGGAGGUCUGGGCACUAUGGGAUUCGGUCUUCCCGCCGCCAUCGGUGCCAAAGUCGCUCGGCCCGACGCCCUUGUGAUUGAUAUCGAUGGUGAUGCUUCGUUCAACAUGACUCUUACAGAACUGUCUACCGCUGCGCAGUUCAACAUCGGUGUCAAGGUUAUCGUUUUGAACAACGAGGAACAGGGAAUGGUUACACAAUGGCAAAAUCUCUUUUACGAGGACAGAUACGCGCACACGCACCAGAAGAACCCCGACUUCAUGAAGCUAUCUGAUGCCAUGGGUGUCCAACACCGAAGACUCAUCAAGCCCGAGGAAACGGUAGAAAGCUUAGAAUGGCUUAUCAACACCGAUGGCCCCGCUCUCUUGGAGGUGAUGACAGACAAGAAAGUGCCUGUCUUACCCAUGGUGCCCGCAGGCUCUGGCUUACACGAGUUCCUUGUAUGGGAUCAAGAAAAGGAUAAACAGCGCAGAGAGCUUAUGCGCACCAGAACUUGCGGCUUACACAGCUGAAACUUGUUUUAUAUGAGUCUUUAUUGCAUCGGCAGUUGGCGAAUUGUUUUUCAUAUGAAAAUACCACUGGGGAGAUAUUCGAAGAAAAAAGUAAAAUAGGGGGCCAUCAUAAAAAGGCUGCAUCCGGUGAAAAAAAGGAAUCGAAAAGUGAAAUUCGACCUCGCAUUGAACGUUCAUAUCGGGUUAAUAUGGCGAAUUAGUUGGCGUUGUUAUCGGUACAUGCUGAUCGUCUGUAUAUAUGUAUCUUGAAUUAAUGGAUCCAAACUCGAAGUUAUCGAGAGUGGCACUUGACCAUGACUCCUACGAACUCACGCAAUUCGGUUAGUUCA